GUGACGUCCCUCUGUUAUUGAUCAUCGCGAUAUUCCAUCGCUUUGGCGCCCCCUCUGGUGCGGCGCCCCUAUGCGCCGCAUAUAGUGCAUACCCACUUUUUGCGCCAGUGCAUAAGGCUUUAUUUUAAUAGUAACUGUUGAGCUGUAUACCUGGGUCAACUUUGGAAGGCGGAUAGAACUUUCUUCGCGGCAGAAGAUUGAAGUAAAAGGAAAAGGCACGUUCGUGGAUUUUGAUGACGCAGCGGCCGCUCCAUCCAUUCGGCAUGAGAGCUAGGCGGAGAGAGGAUCCUGAAUUGCAGCGUUAUCCUGGUCUACUGCAAGGCAAUUUCCGGUAUUUUAAUUUAUGUUAGCGUUGUACAUUAUAUUGUACGGCAGUUAACAUUCCCCAGAAAAAUAAGAAUAAGGUCAAGAACGAAGUUAAUUUCUUCCCGAACAAUUUGAAAAAAAGUAAUAUCCGCAAAAAUAUAACGAAGAUGUCCUUCCUUCUCGAUCUCGCCUCUCAGCAGUUAACCCAUGCAACUGAAAGUCCCGCCCUCUCUCGCCAAUAACAGUAAUUUGGAGCAUCCCGUUCCAGGCGUUCCAUCGGGAGAAGAAAACGCUUGUGAACGAGGUUAGCAGGGAUUCUACUCAUCAGGAUCACUGAGCCCUAUCCGUAGUCUCAGGCCACUAGUGGUCUGCUCACUGCUCUGCAUUCUCGCCGCAAUAAUCCGUCCAGAACAUUAAACAAGUUCAAACCGAGUUUUGAGCAUGCAACAUCACGACCGUCGCCGGAAUGAGGUUUCACGCACGACAUGGAACAAAUACCAACUUUUCUACAAAUGCACUUUAUAUUUAUUGAUAUUUUGUCUGGAGCUCGAGAGGAGCGUGUCAGAGAGUGUGGACUCUGAUGUGUUUGCCUUCUACCACACGGGGGCCAAGGCCUGCUUAGGAGUGAGGGACCACUCCCUCUUCAUGUCGCCAUCCUGCGACGAUGACACCCAUCGCUGGAAGUGGGUGACCCGCCGUCGCCUCUUCAACCUUGGCUCCUCACUGUGCCUGGGCCUGACCACCGGCAAUACCAGCGCGGAGGAUGGGGUGAACCCCACACUGGGCGUGUACACCUGCAGCCGCGAGCCCCACAUGGUGCGCUGGACCUGGCAUUGCAGUCAUGUGCUUGACCACCUCAACAGUAACCUGUCGAUGAAGGUUUUAUCGGCUGCGAGUAAAGAUUCUGCUCUCACAACCACCGAUGUCCCGGAGGUGGGGAUGAAAUGGCAGCUCCAUGGGGAGGAACAGGACCUUUGCACUAAAUCGUACCACGAGAUUUUCACAAUCCAGGGGAACACCCAAGGCCGUCCUUGCUACUUUCCCUUCCUGUACAAUGGAGAGUGGUUCCACAGUUGUACUGCCGUUGGUCGGGAGGACGGACAUCUUUGGUGCGCCACCACCUACGACUACGGCAAGGACGAACGCUGGGGCUUUUGUCCUGUCAAGACCAACAACUGCGAGACUUUCUGGGAUACAGACCCGUUGACCGACAGCUGCUACCAGUUCAACUUCCAGUCUACGCUUUCUUGGUACGAGGCGCGCGUCAGCUGCCAACAGCAGGGGGCAGACCUGCUGAGCAUCACCAAGCUGCAUGAGCAGACCUACAUCAAUGGUUUACUGACUGGCUACAGCGCCGCUCUGUGGAUGGGCCUGAACGACCUCGACACCAACGGAGGCUGGCAGUGGGCUGACUCUUCCCCCCUCAAGUAUCUCAACUGGGAGUCUGAUCAACCAAACCAUGAGGAGGAGGAGAACUGCGCUGUGAUCAGAACUGAGUCCUCGGGGCGCUGGCAGAACCGGGACUGUUCCAAUGCCCUGCCCUACGUCUGUAAGAAGAAACCCAAUGCCACCCUGGAUCCUUUCACCACCGAUUCAUGGGCCGACGAUGAGAAGUAUGAGUGUGACGUGGGCUGGCAGGCAUUCCAGGCGGGCUGCUACAAGCUAGUCGCAGAAAAGACCAACUGGGACAUGGCGCAGAGGACCUGCCAGAAGAAAGAGGCUAACCUGGUCAGCGUUCACACUCUGCCAGAGCUGGAGUUCAUCACAAACAACAUGAAGAAAGACAUAGAGGAGCUCUGGAUCGGACUGCACGACACCGACAUGCAGAUGGACUUCCAGUGGACGGACCACACGCCCGUCAUCUUCACCUACUGGCACCCGUUUGAGCCCAACAACUUCCGCAACACCCAGGAAGACUGUGUCACCAUCUGGGGGCCGGAAGGCCGCUGGAACGACAGCCCCUGUAACCUGACCAUGCCCUCCAUCUGCAAGAAACCUGGGACCAAGAGCGAAGGGAAGACUCAGCAGAAAAUCUGCAAAAAAGGGUGGAAGUGGCACAGCCCAGCCUGCUACUGGGUGGGCGAGGAUUAUCUCUCCUUCCAAGAAGCCAAGAAAGCCUGUGAGGACAGCGGGGCUGCGUUAGUCACCAUCACCAACAGGUUUGAACAGGCCUUCGCCAACAGUCUGGUGUUCGGUCGUUCUGGAGACUUUUUCUGGAUCGGGCUCCACAGCCAGGGCCAUCCUGCGGUCUUCCACUGGCUCGGGGGAGACAAAGUGUCCUACACCAACUGGAACAGAGACCAGCCAGUGAGUGGCGGCUGUGUUUCCAUGGCGAUGGGCCACGCCACAGGCCUAUGGGAGGUGAGCGACUGUGCGGCGUCUCGCGCAAAGUUCCUCUGCCGCCAGAACCAAGACGCCUCCAUGGGUCCCGAGCCCCCUGUGCCGGCCCGGCCCCCCUCCCCCGCGCCCCCCGCCCCCACGCCCAGCCUCACCGGCGGCUGCCCCAGCGGCUGGAAGAGCAACAGCAACCUGCGCCACUGCUACAAGGUGUUCCCCCGGUCCCAGCUGGAGGAGAAGCUGAGCUGGCUACAGGCCCACUUGUUCUGCCAGAAACACGGGGCCAACCUGCUCAGCCUCAGCAGCCAGGAAGAAGAUCACUACAUCCUGAAGCUCCUCCAUGACGACUAUGGGGAUUCUGAGGAUCACGAGCAGCUCUGGUUCUGGAUUGGUCUGAACCGCAGGAACCCGAUAGACAACGGCAGCUGGAAGUGGAGUGACGGACUGGCUUAUACCUACCAGAACUUUGGCCGCUACUACUACAACAUCCGGCAGUGUGCCGCGACAGACCUGGGCAGCAAGACUUGGCUGCCCAUGCACUGUGAAAAUGAGCUGCACUGGAUCUGCAAGAUCCCCAGAGGUACUGUUGCUAAGGAUCCAGAAGAUGAUGAAGGCGCCAGUGCUCCAGAGUGGAUGGGCUUCCAGGAGGCAGAGUACAAGUUUUUUGACCACCGCACCACCUGGCCCCAGGCCCAGAGGAUCUGCUCCUGGUUCCAGGCCUCGUUGGCCUCUGUGCACUCGGAAAAAGAGGGCGUCUUCCUGUCAACUGUUUUAAACAAGACAAAGGUAGAGAGCAACAACUGGUGGUUGGGACUCCACUCGUAUGAAAACGACGGCCGCCUGCACUGGUCAGACCACUCUGUCCUCAACUACGUCUCCUGGGCGCCAGGCAGGCCGCAGCCACUCAGCCGAGACCACAAGUGUGUGCACAUGUCGCUCGACAAAGCCGGGUGGUUGGAUCAGAAGUGCCACUCAGAUCUGCCGUACGUCUGUAAGAGGGUUAACGUUACUGGAACCCUCCCGCCGACCCCGGCGUCACCUCUCCCCCCUUCAGGAUGUCCAGAGGGCUGGUCCUCAUACCAACACAAGUGUUUCAAAGUGUUUGGCCAGGAGAAGUCAUCCAAGGCUACCUGGUCUGCAGCAAAGCUCCUCUGUGAGACAAAUUCUGCCAUGUUGGCUGUCCUGCCAAACCAUUUGGAACAAGCGUUUGUCACGACUCUGCUGUACAACGUCAGCGUGGAUCUGUGGGUGGGACUGACGUCGGACUCAAAAGGCCACUUCAAGUGGGCCCAGCCAGGCAUGCUCAGCUACACCAACUGGGGCCCCGGAGAGCCCCUGGACAACAGCGGGCCCCUCCACAACAAGACACCGGGGAACUGUGUUGUGAUGAUCCAUGGGAACCCAGACAAGAACACAGGCAUGUGGGCUUCCAGGCCCUGUGAGAUGAGGAAGCAUGCCUUUCUCUGCCAGAGGAAACAAGACCCCGACCUCCCCCAAGCCCCCGCCCUCAUCCCCCCUUCCUUCUCGGGGCCCUUGAAGCUGGGCCGGUCUACCUACCGGGUGGUCCAGAAGCGCCUGGACUGGAUGGGGGCUCUGCACGUGUGCGGAUCUCUGAACGGGACCCUAGCCAGUGUGCGGGACCCCUACCAGCAGGCCUACCUCACCCUGCUAAUGAGCAGCCUGCACCGGUCCGCCUGGAUCGCCCUCUACAACAACGGGGGACAGAGAGUCUUCACCUGGCUAGGUGAGGAGGACGUGGUGUAUUCCAACUGGCAAGUAGGGGAGCCCAAACAGAUGGCCGGAUGUGGUCACAUGACCAGCACCGGCCAGUGGGUGAUGAGUCCUUGUGAUGAUAAACUCGAGGCAGCUAUCUGUGAGAUUAGUGCGGAGCCAACGGUGCACCAGUGGGCGUACCCGGGCCAGUGCCCGACCUCACUGUCUCAUGGGGCUUGGGUCCCCUUCAGGAACCACUGCUACGCCUUCAACCUGCAGACGCUCCGGCUGCAGAAGGACGCUCUGUCCUCUUGUAAGAAAGUGGGAGCUGAUCUGCUCUCAGUGCUCGAUGAGAUGGAAAACGGGUUCGUGUGGGAACAUAUUCAGCAGUAUUCCGAACAAGCUCAUGGAGCUUGGUUGGGCAUCACUCUCAAAGGCAGUGCCCUGGUGUGGGACGAGACCACAGACAUGUCCUACACCAACUGGGAGGCCCACGACGUGCUAAGCAUGCUGUCGGCAAACAGCUGCUUCUGGAUUGAGAGCAACACAGGCAUUUGGAAGCCCGGCUCCUGCAGAAACCGCACACACGGAGUCAUCUGCAAACGGCCACGCAGUAUUGAGCCUUCAGCGGCAACUUCCGAAGUGGACCACUUGCCCACCCUGAUCGUCAUCAUGGCGGCGGGCCUGGUCCUGGUGCUGUUGAUCGUGGGGGUCAUCUACUUGUACCGGCGGCGCGUCCUCGGCUCCGGGGGCUCCUACGACGGGGCCCGCUACAGCCGCACCAGCUCCAGCCCCGCCGAGGAGGCGGAGAAGAACAUUCUGGUGUCGGACAUGGAGCUGAACGAGCAGCCAGAGUGAAACCCUGUCCCGGACCCGCAACGCCCUGCUCUGCUGCGCUGCUUGGAGAACAGCCCUCGCUCUGUGACACUGAUUCCUGAUAGAGAUUAUGUUGUUUAGGAUUAAGCUGCUUGUUCUUUCUAUUAUAUGAUAUGAUAUGAUAUGAUAUGAUAUGAUAUGAUAUGAGAGAGAGAGAGAGAGAGAGAGAGAGAGAGAGAGAGAGAGAGAGAGAGAGAGA